AUGCUUCAUCACGUUUUACGUGAUCCGAAUAAAGCGCAAUUGUCAUUUCAUAUCCAUAAUCAUCUUUUGGCUAUCUCAUUUUCUGGUAGGAGUGUUUCUAAUACUGGAAAUUUCCGUUUCUCUUCUUGUAUUCAGAAAGCAGAUAUUCAGGUUCAAUUGUAUCAUGAUGAAGUACGUGAAGCUCGCGAAGUAUCUUUUGAACUCUCUCUGGACCAAGUUUCAGAAGGUCUGCAAAUACUUUUGACACUCUUCCUCAGUAAAGAAGAACAACAUAAACUCAACUUAAAUUCAAGAGGGAGCUGUCCAAUGAUUUCUGGAUCAUGUGCAUUAUAUGAAGCAUCACAUUUUGAGUCACAGCAUCUAUAUUGCAUUGAUUUAUAA